UAUGUUCUAAAAUACAAUAAAUAGUGAGUGCAUCAGGUGAAGAAAAUAAUCUUGUAUAAAUAAUAGAAACUCACAGAAUGAAGCUGCGGUCGUUGAGUCUUGUUCUACUGUGCUGCGCGCUGGCUGCACUGCCACAGGCGAGGCCAGCGAACAUUCUAGCUGUGUACGCCUUCCCAGGCAAAAGCCACUUCAUGAUGCACACGGCGCUGAUAAGGGAACUCGUGGAGAGCGGGCAUAAUGUCACGAUGAUCACGGCCUUUUCGCUGUCCGCUCAGCGCCUCGGCAGCAACUACACGGAGCUGCUCAUCGAACCUGUGUACGACUUUUGGCAUGAUGUGAAGCUUAACUUUGGCGUGCAGCAUCUGUUCGACUUGACGCAGAUGAAGAACUAUGAUUUCCUCAAGAUGCUGGAGAUUAUUGGACUGAAGACCACGGAGCAUGCGCUACGCCAGCCCAAGGUGCAGGCCCUGAUCAAUGCCCGGCAAACGGAGGGCGUGUUCGAUCUGCUGCUCGCCGAGCAGUUCUAUCAGGAGGCAUUUCUGGCGCUGGCCUACAAGUACAACAUACCCAUUGUGACCACCAGCACGUUAGGGUAUGAGAACCAUAUGAGCCAAAUGAUGGGCCUGAUUACGCCGUGGUCCUUUGUGCCGCACGGCUUCAUGCCCUUCACCGACCGCAUGUCCUUCAUGGAGCGAGUGCACAAUACGUACGUCUCGCUCUACGAGGACUUUGAUCGCCUGCUGAGCUACUUUCCCAAAAUGGACGCCAUCACUGAGCGGUACUUUGGCCAAGUUUUGGCUGAAGUGCCCAAGGUCAGGCACAUGGAGACGCAAAUCUCGGUCAUGCUGCUCAACAGUCACGCGCCGCUGACGACGGCACGUCCCACUGUGGACGCCAUGGUGCCAGUGGGCGGCAUGCACAUCUAUCCGCCCAAGCCGCUGCCCGCAGACAUGCAAAGUUUCCUCGAUGCGGCAACAGAUGGCGCCAUCUUCUUUAGCCUGGGCAGCAAUGUUCAGAGCAAAGAGAUGCCCAGAGACAUGCUGCAGCUGUUCCUCAAGGUCUUUGGCUCCAUGAAGCAGCGAAUCCUGUGGAAAUUCGAGGAUGAGUCCAUUGACCAGCUGCCGCCCAACGUCAUGAUACGCAAAUGGCUGCCCCAGGCGGACAUCUUGGCUCAUCCCAACGUGAAGGUCUUCAUCACCCACGGCGGACUCUUUGGCACCCAGGAGGGCGUGCACUACGCCGUGCCCAUGCUGGGCAUGCCCUUCUACUGCGACCAGCAUCUCAACAUGAACAAGGCUGUGCUGGGUGGCUACGGCAUUAGCCUGCACUUCCAGUCCAUCACGGAGGAUCUGCUCCGCGACUCGCUGCUGCAGCUCAUCCACAAUGCCAGCUACGCGGAGAACGUGCAGCGCGUCUCCCGCAUCUUCAGGGAUCGCCCGAUGUCGCCUCGCCGCAGCGCCGUCUACUGGAUCGAGUACGUGAUACGGCACAAGGGCGCACCUCACAUGCGAUCCGCUGGACUCGACCUGCGCUGGUAUCAGUUCUAUCUGCUGGAUGUGAUUGCAUUCCUGGCUGUCCUCGCACUGGCCGCCCUCUUCCUGCUCCUGCUGGCCAUACGCCUGCUCCAGGGCAGCGGCAGGAAGCAGCGGAAAGCGAAAACCAAUUAAGUCAAUGAUCCGUUAUCAUUUCUAGCUGUAAUUGCUGCUUGGACAGCAGAUUAGUUAUAACAUAGCUGCAUAUACAUACAUAUUAUAGUAUAAACUGUCUUAGACAGGCUGAUAAGACGAGCGCGUCAGUCAGUCGAUCAUAAAUCACAUCUCUCCCCAUUUCCCAUUUGCCAUUAAGAAAACGAACGGCUU